AUGAUGGAGGCGAAAGAUAUUCAACCAGCUCAGUGCGGGCAGCAGGACUCAGCUCCUGUACCCAAACAUGACCAUGGUUGGCGUCGAGUUAUUCGCAACUUUACACCAGCUUGGUUUUCCGUGAACAUGGGGACAGGAAUCGUUUCCAUCUUGCUCAACACGUUGCCUUACAACGGGCGAUGGCUAUACUAUAUCUCCAUCGUCGUUUUCGUCUUGAAUGUGGUUUACUUUACAAUCAUCCUGGCCAUCACGUUGCUACGAUACAUACUCUAUCCGGAGAUUUUCAGAGUCAUGAUUACCCACCCGGUGCAAUCGCUAUUCCUUGGCACGUUUCCGAUGGGUCUUGCGACAAUUAUCAACAUGUUCUGCUUCGUUUGUGUACCUGCAUGGGGCGACGGAGCGGCCUAUUUCAUUUGGGCAACCUGGAUUUUUGACGCAGUCGUAUCAGUGCUGGUUGCAAUCGGGAUCCCCUUCCUACUGACCACGAGCCAGAAGACCUUUGACCUUUCGUCAAUGACGGCUGCCUGGCUGCUGCCCAUUGUGUCGUGUGUUGUCGCGGCUGCAUCGGGCGCGAUUGUGGCGGACGUCUUGCCCAAUGUCCACCUAGCGCUAGCUACCAUCUUGGCUAGUUAUAUUCUGUGGGGAAUUGGGGUUCCUCUGGCACUCAUGGUGAUCUGCAUAUAUCUGCAGCGCCUGAUGUUCUAUAAGCUGCCACCAAAGGCGAUGCUUGUCAGCGUCUUCCUUCCUCUAGGUCCUCUAGGCCAGGGUGGUUUUGGUAUCCAAAAACUUGGCAAAGUUGCACAAAAAGUCUUCCCCCAAACGAAUACUCUCAGUGCCACCACUGGCGAAGUCUUUUAUAGUGUUGGAUUCAUGAUCGGAAUCUUGCUAUGGGCAUUCGGCCUCGUGUGGCUUACAUUCGCCGUGACCACAUUGAUUACGACGAGAAAAUUCCCGUUCAACAUGGGCUGGUGGGCGUUGACUUUCCCCUUGGGUGUUUUCACCACUUGUACAUGUACCAUGGGCAACGAGCUUCCCUCAAGAUUUUUCUCGGUUCUUGGCACAAUAUUCUCCGUUGCAGUCGUCCUGUUAUGGCUGUUGGUCAGUUUCCACACCUUCCGGGGUAUCGCUCGCGGUGACCUAUUUGUUGCGCCAUGCCUGAAAGACCUUGGAAAUGCAAAGGCUCGGACCGGAGAGAAUGUGUGA